AUGUCUCCCCCGAGGCGCCGCUCUGCGCGCAUUGCCAGCACAUCGAAGGUCACCAGAGCAGCUCACAAACUUAUGUCUGUUACCGAGGAUGUCGAACCUGUCGGGACAACGCCGUCUCGACGCUCCAUUGCCCAAUCACCUAAGCCCGUUCCCUCGACACCUCCAUCGUCGGCUAUCAGGCCGCCUCGCAGCGAAAUGCACCCAAGCAAGUUUCAUCAGAGUACCGGAGAGCCGUCGUCCGCAGUGGCUCUUGGCUUCACAGAUAUUGAAACCUCCGACAAGAGAACCACUGGUAAUGGUUUAACCGCAACCCCAUCACGGUCAACUGGCGUGCCGACGUCGUCGUUCAACUUUGAUCUGGCGGCAUCCAACAGUGACGCAAAAGACCUUCUAGCGGAGCUACGAGAGAAAGCCGCCAAGAUCAAGGUUGAAUUGCUUGCUCAGCGCGAAGCCGAAGGCAAAGAUGCAGCCGUGGUUGGCGAACGCCGCUUCGCCCAGCCAAAGAGCAUUGCAGGCCGCUACAGCGCUGCCCACGCCGCCGCAUUUGACAAGAUGGAGUCCAUCGAGGGACACGCUUCUGCUUGGAGAGCAAGUCGAUUCGUACCUGUUGUGGCUGGCGUGAAGCGUUCGCCAUCCAAAUCUAGCCUCUCGGAAUCCCCCAGCAAAGCGGCCGCCUCACCCUCUCCUAGGAAGGCAAACAUUCAUGACGGCUUGUCCCAGACGCCACAGAAGAACCUGAAGCGUAAAUCGUCGGCCGCAAACUUGGAUAGCAGAAGCGGUCCAGAUUCGGCCAGGAAAGGCUUUCACGCUUCUUCGCCUAGCAAAAGCAUUGAUCGCACGCCAGUGGAACGACAGCCCGCGAAACGAGUGAAGCAGCACAAAGAAGACGACACAUCAACCCACAGACCCAACACCUCAACGACCUCAACCUCUUCUCGCAUCACCGCGAUUCCUCGGUCAAAUCUUUCACGCCUGAGGAGCCCUACAAAAUCAUCUCAAAUGCAUAAAGCGGCCAGUCCCACAAAGGAGGCAACAUCGGUGUCAACAACGUCGGUGUCAACACCAACGAAGCCAGCGAUUAGCCCACGCAAGGCUACCAUUGCAAUGGUCUCUACCCCAUCCAAGUCAUCUGCUAGAGCGGCUGUGCCUUCCACGCCGAGCUUUUUACAGUCGCUGUCUGUAGGCAACUUGACUUGCAAGGCUGAUGGGCUCGCUCGUCGUAUUCUUAGCCCGGCGCACCAGCAGAAAGUCAAGUCCAUUCUUCGGUCACAGCCAACUACGAGCUCUGCCUCGGGAAGUGCCAUUCCUCAGCCGGCACUCUACGGCUCGCAUACUCCAGCUCCUCCGCGCCUUGACAAGGAGUUGCCACCUGUUCCUUUUACAACCCCUCGUCGUAAGCUGAUGGUGAAAAAGGUAACAUUCACACCGGAGACUAAGCGCGCAGCGGCGGAGCAGGGCUCUCCCACACCACUCAGGGUCCCCAUGUUCAGAUUUGCGUCCGCUUCUGGACCAAAGAGUAAUCGUAAUAUGGGGGCAAGGAAUGCUACAUCCCAACGUGGUGGCUACGUUGCCUAUCCUGACCUGUCUGCGUUUGAGGAACUCAUUGAUUCGGAAGAUAAAGAAGAUCAGAAACGAGUGCCCUCUGUGCCAAGCUCGUUUACCUUUCGAAGCGAUCACACCAUCGAGUUCGGCAGCGCUCCUAGGACAGGAUUUGGUAGCUCCGUUGGCCAGUCGAGUGUUCGUCAAGUUAGGCUUUCGCUCAAUCAGGCAUCUAGUUUGCCCGGCAGCUUCCCCGAGCCGCCUGCUUCCAGUUCACAUCCAGACAAAGAGAACACGGCACCUACAUCGAAUUUCGAAGUGCUGCCGGGCGUCUUGCAUGGGUUGUCGAGCAAAAAGCGUCACCGACCGAGCAGCGAUGAAGAAGAUGCCGAGAGAGAGGCUGCUGAACGGGCUUCCAAGAAGCACAAGAACAGCGUGGUUGACCCAGAGCGUCCUGCCUUGUCGACCGCAAAGGCCAUUUCUUCAACUCCCCAAGGCAGCUUCAAGAGAGCACGGCUGGAUCGUAAUGCAUCUCUGACGCCUAGCAGACAGCAGCCCAACAAAACGUCGACGACACCAGGCUCUGUAAGCCCGACGAAGAGGAAACCGGUCAUGAGCAUGAGUCGUCUGAACCAACUGGCUCGUCCUAAGACGAGAGUUUGA